AUGUCUUCACUUAUUUUCGUCUAUUUGGCCAUUUCGCUGGGUUCGGCGUUGGCAGCCGAUUUCAAUCCGUUUCUCGAUCUGGAAUGUGUGGAUUGCAAGGAGGACUGUGGUGUACGAUCGACCGGAAGCAGCUGCCUCUCCCUUGAUCGCCAAAGAGCCCUCAGGACUUUUACUCCGGCAAACGUGACGCGCAUGACCUUGGACCAUUAUCAUCAUCUGCAAAAGUGCAUACCCAAGGACGAGGUCAUAAGAGAGGAGAAGCCCGAUUUCUGCUGUGCCUGGUCGCCGCAGCUGGGCUGCCAAUUGAUCAAGCGGAUCAGUGGCACCCAGAGAACCUGUGAUUCCUGCAAGGCCCUGACCCAGGACUCGCCCGAGAUCGAGCUUUGCCCCUGCAAGGCAGCCCAUGUAAAGCUGUGCAGUGCUCUCCUCCUCCCCAUCCUCAUGAUGGGUAUUAUCUACCCCUACAUUUAGGCAUCCACACCUGAUUGUUCAACAAAGCAGUCCACACACAUUUCUCGCUCGAAUUGGUGUCAAUAAAUCUGU